AUGCAUCUUCACUUUGAACGUAAUGUGAACACAAAAUGCGAUUGCACAAUCCUAUCGUUAUCAUGGAUGGGAAAAGUACCAGAUGAUAUUCCGGAGGACGAAGGCUGGAAAUUGAAUCGCACAAACUACUAUCAAGAAGGAUGGCUAGCGACAGGCAACAUACGUGGCAUCGUGGGAGUGACAUUUACCACUUCACAUUGUCGAAAGAAUAUGGACUACCCGCUCCGCACAAACUAUAACCUACGUGGUCAUAGAUCAGAUGUUAUAUUAGUAAAAUGGAACGAGCCUUAUCAGAAAUUAGCUUCAUGUGAUAGUUCCGGCAUUAUAUUUGUUUGGAUAAAAUAUGAAGGUCGUUGGUCUAUAGAAUUGAUCAACGAUCGUAACACACCAGUAACACAUUUCUCUUGGUCUCAUGAUGGGCGCAUGGCGUUAAUAUGUUAUCAGGAUGGCUUUGUGUUAGUUGGUUCAGUGGCUGGUCAACGCUACUGGUCAUCGAUGUUGAACUUAGAAUCUACUAUAACCUGUGGUAUAUGGACACCUGAUGAUCAGCAAGUAUAUUUCGGAACUACUCAGGGACAGAUUAUUGUAAUGGAUGUACAUGGUGCUAUGGUCUCGCAAGUACAAUUGUGCAGCGAUGUGGGUAUUACGUCAAUGGCUUGGUCUUGUGAAAAAUAUAUUUAG